GGGGUGGGGCGGGGCAGGGCCCCGGCGGGCCCAGCUCGCAGGCGUCCGCCGGGCCGGCAGGCGCUGGCGCCGGCGCCAAACUCCCGGGCCGCGGCGGCGGGUGAGCGCUCUGGGCCGGAAAGGGAGGGCGGAACGCAGCCUCUGGCCCCGGCCCGGGUCCGUGCUCGCCCGCUCGGGCGGCCGGGCCCGACGGGCGCGGCCGCAGGGCCUGGGAGUUGCGUGAGGGCCCGUAGCGCGAUCCCGGGACCGCCCGGACGGGUCACCCGCCUGCCGACUGCAGGACGACAGCGAGAGCCCGGCGGCGGCGCGCUCCUCCCUCCUCGGUUCGCGCUCGAGCUCUGUGCCCAACCCGGCAACUUCCGGAGUCCCAGCGGUGGGAUGCAAAGCUGGACCAAGGCCUCCAGGGAAGAGCUCUGCCAUCAAGGAGCACAGCACAGGGCCAGGCCCGGCCCAUGGACCCUUCUCCGGACGGCCCAACGGCACCAGCGGGGCUGUUCUCCUAAGCCACAGAGGGCCUGGCCACACUGUCCUCAGCGAAGAGCCAUGGUGUUCAGGAGGGGCAGAAGCAGCUCCCAGUGGUGGCCUCGCCUGGGAGGGGGUGGCGGUUGCCGAGGCCCCCUAGGCAUGCUCAGGGCUUCCUUGCUUCUGGCCAGCCUGCCUUUGGGGGCCAGGGGAACAGCCAGUGCCAACCUCAGCACAGCUCUGGGCCACAGGGUGCCCCUGACAGGGGGCCGAUACUUGAGCAUUGGGGACGGCUCUGUGAUGGAGUUUGAGUUCCCAGAGGAGAGCGAGGGCAUCAUUGUGAUCUCGAGCCAGUACCCAGGCCAGGGCAACAGGACAGGGCCUGGCCCCAUGCUGAGGGUCACCUCCCUCGACACGGAGGUGCUGACCAUCAAGAAUGUGAGUGCCAUCACCUGGGGCCGUGGGGGCGGCUUCGUGGUGAGCAUCCACUCGGGCCUGCCUGGGCUAGCCCCGCUCCUCAUUCAGCUCCUGGACCCCCAUGAGGCCCCGCCCAUGCUAAUUGAGGAACGGAGAGAUUUCUGCAUCAAGGUCUCACCUGCCGAAGAUGCUCCCGGCACCCUCGGCGCUGACCUGGUCCACUUCUCAGAGAACCCGAUCCUCUACUUGCUCCUGCCUCUGAUCUUUGUCAACAAGUGUUCAUUUGGGUGCAAAGUGGAACUCGAGGUUCUGAAAGGGCUCCUGCAGAGCCCCCAGCCCAUGCUGCUGGGCCUCCUGGGCCAGUUUUUGGUCAUGCCCUUCUAUGCUUUCCUGAUGGCCAAGGUCUUCGUGCUGCCCAAGGCCCUGGCUCUAGGCCUCAUCAUCACCUGCUCGUCACCCGGCGGCGGGGGGAGCUACCUCUUCAGCCUCCUCCUCGGAGGGGACGUCACCCUGGCCAUCUCCAUGACGUUCAUCUCAACGGUGGCUGCCACCGGUUUCCUGCCGUUGUCCUCCGCCGUCUACAGCCGCCUGCUCAGCAUCCAUGAAACGCUCCAUGUGCCCAUCUCCAAGAUCCUGGGGACCCUGCUGUUCAUCGCCAUCCCCAUAGCAGCCGGCGUGGUGAUCAGGUCCAAGCUCCCCAAGUUCUCCCAGCUGCUGCUGCACGUCAUCAAGCCUUUCAGCUUCGUGCUGCUCCUGGGUGGCCUCUUCCUGGCCUACCGCAUGGGGGUCUUCAUCCUGGUGGGUGUCAGGCUCCCUAUCGUGCUGGUGGGCCUCACGGUGCCCCUGGUCGGCCUCCUGGUGGGCUACUGCCUGGCCACGUGCCUGAAGCUGCCGGCGGCACAGCGGCGGACGGUCAGCAUUGAGGUAGGGGUCCAGAACAGCCUGCUGGCCUUGGCCAUGCUGCAGCUGUCCCUCCGUCGCCUUCAAGCCGACUACGCCUCCCAGGCCCCCUUCAUUGUAGCGCUGAGCGGCACCUCGGAGAUGCUGGCCUUGGUUGUUGGCCACCUCAUCUAUAGCAGCCUGUGCCCAGUCCCCUGAGGCCCCUGGGUCCAGCUUCCACCACGCGUCGCCUGCGGCCUCCAGCCACCGCCCCCACAGCUCUCCUGUACCAAAGGCCUUUGGCUCUCAUGCACUAUGCACUCAGAAAACAAUCCAGGCUUAUUUUUUUUACCGGUUUUUUAUUCUCCAGCUUUCAGUGCCAAAGAGGCCACGCUGAGUUAGGUAGGUGGGCACUGCUCAGAAAAUAUAUUUCAAUAAAAGAGAGAAGCAAG